CUCUUCAUGACAUCCAGACUACUCAGACUGAAAAUUUAACAAUGGACCAUCGUUUCACUCGGAUGACUCUUCUGUUCUUUGGAUUUACCAUCAGCGCCUGUUCAAUAGUACGGGAGUUUUACUACAUCAACAUAGCCAAGACCUGGGAUGAAGCACAGCAAUACUGCAGAGAGAAAUACACAGAUCUAGCCAAGAUUGAAAGUGAAGAGGACAUAAGCAAGUUGAGAGCUGUUUUUCCCUACAACUGGGUGUGGUUUGGACUCAGGGACGACCCAAAAUCGUGGAAAAACACCAUCGGCACUGAUGCCAACUCCUGGAGAUGGUCAACAACAGGAGAAACUGGAAAAACGAAUUACCACUCAUGGAGCCCAGGUGAACCAAACUAUGGAAACGCACGGGAAACGUGUGUGGUGAUGACCAGUACAGGACAGUGGGCUGAUCGGAGAUGCAACCUGCAACAAAACUUCGUCUGUUUUAAAAUUACAGAGAAAAACAAGAAAGAAUACGUUUACAUCCCAGUCAAGGAAACGUGGAGUUCUGCUCUGACCUACUGCAGGACUCACCACAGAGACCUGGCUUUGAUCGAGAACGUGGCAGAAAACGCCGAAGCCCAAAGAGCAAUUCCAACAGGAGGCGAAGUUUGGAUCGGUCUGUACAGGGUGCCGUGGACUUGGUCCGACCAGAGCCAAACUUCCUUCCAACCCUGGUACUACACCAGUCUGAAUAACGUCGGUGGUAAACAGCACUGUGGAACAGAAAAUAAGUUGCAUCAAUGGGCCGAUGAAGACUGUAGCGUUAGGAGAGCCUUCAUCUGCCAUCGAGGUGACAUUUAA